CCAUCUAACAGAGUUCAGCUCUGAAGCAGUAAAGGCAAGUCAGACAGUAGCAUCUCCACAUCCGCAGCAAACGCAAAGAAUCGCAUGAUCUUUUUAUUAACUGGAAGCAGACCUGGAGUCAAGUUUGGCAGAGUGCAGCAUUGUUAUUAUUCCUUCUUUACUUGUUGCACUGUCUACAUAGGCUGAACUUUCAGAAGACAAUGCUCUUGGAUCUGUAACAAUAUGGAACUAAGUGCUUCAUGAGUUCAUUUACUGCCUCAGAAAUUCAUGUGACAUUCCCGAAAACAUCAGUACAAAUACUUGGAAACUUUACAUCAGAUUGUGGAACUUUAUUGCAACACACAUACAAGGCAAGGAACCAGAAAAAUCCCAUUGGAGACCAAAGGUUGCCUCUUCGUUUUCUCUUAGCCAACAUGAACUCACUCAUCUGGACUUUGUGUCUGCUGUUAAUUAGUCUCGUGUCUGCAGGAGGCAAAAGAGAGCAGCUUCACUCAAGAACCAACAUUGCAGCUCAUACUGUUGUUCAUAAUCGCUACAGACGUUCGCCUGAGUCAGGCAAAUGUUCUUACACCUUCUUGGUCCCACAGCAAAGAAUUACAGGUCCCAUUUGUGUGAGUUCAAAGGGGCCAGAAACUGACUAUAAUGGAAUAACUAAAAUGGAUGUGGAAGAAUUGAAGGAUAUUAUGUCUAAGCAAAAACGGCAGAUUGAAAACCUACAGCUGAUAGUGGAAGUCGAUGGAGGGAUAGUGAAUGAGGUUAAACUACUUCGAAAGGAGAGUCGAAAUAUGAACUCACGUGUUACGCAGCUUUACAUGCAACUACUGCAUGAGAUCAUUCGCAAGAGGGACAACUCAUUGGAAAUCUCGCAGCUGGAGAACAAAGUUCUCAAUUCUACAGCUGAGAUUCUGAGAAUGGCCACCAGGUACAGAGAACUGGAACAGAAGUAUGCAGUGCUGUCUGCUCUGGUUAAUAAUCAGUCCCUCAUAAUAUCUAGACUAGAGGACCAAUGUAUACGGAGCCUUGCUCCAAGGGACUAUCAUCCACCACCUCUUGUUCAAGUAGUACCACAGACGAUACCUCGCAGGGGGAGAUACCAGAGCAAUUUGCAUGGCAGUAAUGAAAUUCAGAGAGAUCAAAAUCCAGCAUAUUCACAAGAGCGAGCGGUUCGUUUGAGGCCCCCACUGCCUGAACCUUCUCCUACAACAGCUGGUGUCAUGGAAUCACCCGUUACUGAAGACAUGGAGGGUCCAUGGAAAGAUUGCUACCAUGUUUGGCAGGCUGGAUAUGCCAACAGUGGCAUGUACCUAAUUAAACCAAGCGGCACUGAUGAAAUUAUGCAGGUUUGGUGUGAUCACGGCCAUGAUCAAGGAGGCUGGACUGUCAUCCAGCGAAGGAUGGAUGGGGCAGUCAACUUCUUCAGGAACUGGGAAAACUACAAGAAAGGGUUUGGAAAUAUUGAUGGGGAACACUGGCUUGGAUUGGAAAAAAUUCACAGACUGACUGUUCAAGGAAACUACAAGUUGUACAUUAAAUUGGAAGACUGGAAUGACAAGAAAGUCUAUGCUGAGUAUACUAGCUUCAGGGUUGAGGAUGAAGGGGAUUACUACAGACUUCGAGUUGGCAGUUAUCAAGGGACUGCAGGAGACUCUUUAAUAUGGCAUAAUGGCAAGCAGUUUACAACACUUGAUCGAGACAGAGAUUUGUACUCAGGUAACUGCGCUCAUUUUCACAAAGGUGGCUGGUGGUAUAAUGCCUGUGCACAUUCAAAUCUGAAUGGAGUGUGGUAUCGUGGAGGUCAUUAUCGUAGCAAGUACCAAGACGGAGUUUACUGGGCUGAAUUCCGAGGGGGUUCCUACUCUCUAAAAAGUGCUGUAAUGAUGGUCAAGCCUGAAUAAUACUCCUCAAGAAAAAGUCAGUUUUGCGUGGACAUUCUAAUGUAAACCAUUGAAUGGAGCAUUCUUUCAAAUGGAAACCAUGAUCUUUGAUAAAGAAACAUUCUUUUUAACAAACUGAAUAAGUGCUAAAAAGCAUACCUACCACAUGGUUUCGUUGCCUUAUAAAAUGUAACAGGAGAUAAUCAGGAUACGAAAGGCACUUAUGAGGACAUUUAAUACCCUAAGCAUUUAUGUGCACCUCUACUUAAUGCUCACUAGCACCUUGUUAAAGACAGCCAUUGCCCAACUAAUUAGGAACAUGGAAUGGAAGAAGGCUAUUAAAAUAAUAUUGAGCCUUUUUUGCCGGUUUAGGACAUUAUAUCAGAUCCAGGAAUCUCCAUUCCCUAUCUUUACUCCAUAUUUCUGCCAACUAUUUCCCCAUCGAUUCUGACUUAAUGCCCUUCUGAAGCAGCACAAUUCCACAUUAUUACAAUCUAUUGCGUGGAGAAAGGUUUCUGAUCUCACUUCUAACUGUCUUAAUUCUAAACUUAAGAAUAAAAUGCUUACCUUUCCAAAGAAAAGCACUAUAUUGGGCUGAAAUUCCAGUCAGCAUUACAUACAGCACCUUUAGCAGUGUCAGUCACCAAUGCCUUUUCCUUAUUAUAAUCUCAUAUCACCAAAAGUGCUAUGAAUAACACCAAACAGAAUUUCAGCUAUGAACAUACAGCAAAUUUAAUAAGAUUUUAUACCACCCAAGCAUAUUAUUCAAAAUAACAUUUGGAUGGAUAAUAAUAUUGUACUACAUUAUAAUCAGACAAACUGUUUAGUACAGUUCAAUUCUGCAAGAAUUCUCAGAUUUAUGUAAAAUAAAUUGGGGGAAUCCACAACACCUCCAUUACCACCUGAAAAGAAAACUUCCAAAAUACUAUUACUCAUAGCUAAUGCAUUUCAAACUAAAUAUACCAAGCAGUAAAGUUGAACUAUACAGAAGAGUUUUAUUCCAAGAAAAAUAAAUAGUCUGUAAAUAAUUAAAACACAAAACUCUUG